AUGAAUAUACCUAUUAAAAAUUCAUAUAGUUUUUUUCUAGCGUACUCAAGGCUCAUUUGUCGCUUUUUAGCUUGCUCAUUAGGUAUAAUUUUGGCAUCUUUAAGUAUAAGUAAACCGCUAGUUGGGGUAUGUUUAGCUGCAGAAGUUGCAAUAUUUGACUAUUUCACAAACUACCUAGGAAUAACAUCAAAAAAAAAAUUAUACCGAAAUAGAGAGAAAAAAAAAAGGGAUUCUGUUAGUGAAAAUAUUGGGGUUUAUAAGUGGGUUGGGCUACUAGUUGUACUACUCUGUGAGCUUUCAACUUUUCUUGCUCUCAAUACAUUUUUUUUUUCACAAGUUAAAAGGAAUAAUGUACAUGAUAUUAUUCCCAAACAGUUAUAUAAGAAUAGUACUACCUUUAAUAAACUUUUAACUCUUAAAUAUGAUAAAGUCCCAUAUUUAAUGAGUCUAUCACCUACUGGUGUUAAUUCAGAGCUUAUAGAAUGGCUAAGUAGAAGUUGGAAACCAAGAACUAUUGAGAAUCUCCCCUACUGGGAUUCUAGAGUGAGUUUAACACUUAGAGAUCUAAAUUCACAGUUGGAGGUCAUCCAUUACACUGAGAUCAAUUUUGAUACAUAUGUAGAUGCUAGUUCAAUUGAACAGAAUAUAAAUGGAGCUGUUACAUCACGAGUAAUAAUAGGUGAUGGAACUUGGAACAAUCAGGGAAUUGGCAGUAAUUAUAGCUUGAGGGACCAUAUUCUAAGCGAGUAUAAUAGUGAGUUUUUUGGAAAAGAUGACCUAAUUAGUAUUGUAAUACCUGUGUACAAUGAAGAAGAAUAUAUAGUUAAGACUAUAUGUUAUACAAUUGAGACUAUGCCUAUUGAAUUACUUGGAGAAAUAGUUGUUGUUGAUGAUGCAAGCAGAAUACCAGUAGUUAAAAUUUUAGAGGAACAGCUACCAAGUGAAUACAAGAAAUAUGUUCGUGUAAUAAGAUUUAAAAAAAACGAAGGUCUUAUAAGAGCUAAAAUUGUAGGUGCAGAUACAUCAUUUGGUCCAAACAUAUUUUUCUUAGAUGGGCACUGUCGUCCAAAGCCAGGCUGGUCGCAAAGUCUCGUGAGAUCCAUAAGACAAAAUUAUAAAAGAAUCGUAUGUCCGAUUGUACAAAAUCUGUAUGGUCAUAAUUGGAGUGAUGUAGGUACUGCAGGAGCUAAAAUGAUGAUUGAGUGGAGCUUUGCAUUUCAUUGGUAUGACGAUGGGCUAGAUGAAGUUCCAAUAGCCUCUGGAGGAAUUCUAAUGAUAACAAAGCGUUGGUGGGAAGAAAGUGGGAAAUAUGACCCAGGAAUGAUGUACUGGGGAGGUGAAAAUAUAGAACAGAGUUUCCGUGUUUGGAUGUGUGGUGGAGAGAUCCAUGUUAUUAGGGACUCUUUAGUUGGACAUAUAUUUAAUAGAACAAAUACUGAUGAGAGAGACAAUAAUUUGGAAUACAAAACACUUCUAAUCAGAAAUGUACACAUGAAUCACAAGAGAACUGCCUAUGUAUGGCUUGAUUAUUUUUAUUAUCAAACAUAUUUUAAGAACUUCCACAUGCUAAGUUAUGAGACUUCACUUAUAGGCUCAGGCAUAGAUGAAAGACUAGCUAUUAGACAGAACUUGCAAUGCAAAUCAUUUGAAUGGUAUAUUAAAAAAUUCAAACCAUCACUAGAAAGGCAAGGAGAAAUGUAUCUCGAUUAUCAUCAUAUUCAGCAUAGCAAAAGCAAAUUAUGCUUAACUACUAAACUUACGAUGAUUGAGCCACGCGAUAUGACAGUGAAUAGCAUACUAAGAGCUCUAAUACCAAGAACUGUCGUUCCUGCAGAUAUAUCCAAGUAUGGAGACAAGUUUACUGAUGAAUACGAUGAUGUUACACUUGAAAUAUGUGAUCCAUUUAAUUAUAAUCAACAAUGGUUAUUUAUUUUAGGUAAUAGGAUGCUUUAUAAUAGGGGCACAAAGAGAUGUCUUGAUAGAGCCAAUAUUAAUUUAGAAAGUCAUGACAAUAACGCUAUAGUUAAGGAAGAGGAUGUUAAUAAGCAAGCAAAUAUGAAACAAAUACCUCUUAUAACUGUUGAGUGUGACUGGAACUUAGUUAUGAGAUCGAAAAAUAUGAAUCAGUUUUGGGCAUGGAAACCAGAAAAAAUACUUAAUCAAGAGAGUAGUGAAUAUGGGAGGAUUGUCACUUGGGAUGGUGAUGAACAUAGAACUAACCAGACUGGAGGAGCUGAAGAAUUUGUUGUUCCACUAAAUAAAGGUAUAAAUGAAAACUCGUUAUGUGCCUUCAGUAUUAAAAAUAUUGGAUACUACAAUCAAUCUACUUUAUAUUACACCUAUUGUACAGAAGUAAGUAAAAAAAAAUUUCUUUUUAGAAAAAUGUGGCUUCAGAAAGAUCUUUUGGAGUAUAGUUAG